CAUAUACAUUUCCUGUCAUUUGCUACUUUCAAUUCAUUUCUCACAGAUGAAAAGCAGGGAGAGGAACUGCUCCUUCAACGGCUUGAUUGCGACAUUUUUCUGUAAACAGCGAAAUCAUGGCUGUGUUUUAUGCUGUGGUUUUUGGUUGUAUUCUGGUUUUUGGUCUGCCUCUCAACGCCGUGUCACUGUGGAUUCUGCUUUUCCACCAUGGUCUCAGAUCACCCAACGCAGUUUUCAUGAUCAACCUGGCAAUUUCAGACCUGAUGCUUGCCAUUACUUUGCCUAUGAGGGUUUACUUCUAUGCCACGGAGAGUUGGCCUUUGAGUAACUUGACCUGUGUCUUUGUCACGAUGCUGUUUCGCAACAACAUCCGCUCCAGUUCCAUCUUCAUCACUUUCAUCAGCGUGGACCGACUGCUGGCUGUGGUUUAUCCACUGAGGACACGGCACAUACGAACCCUGUCCAAUGCCGUGAAAGGAGCUGUCGUGGUUUGGCUCUUCGUGUUGGUGCUCAAUAUCCCGGAGGGUAUCCAUUUCUCAAGACUUUUGAACAGUAUGAAAAACUCAACAUGUUUUGAAUCUGUUUACUCUGAUAUAAAAGGAACCUCAUCAACCAUCUACAUUCAAUCCACGUUGGAGUUCAUCUUGAUGGCAGUCAAUGUUGGAUGCACCGUCAUGGUGUUCUGGACUCUGCGUCAUCACCUCGGUGAGUCUGCAAAGGUCAACAGCAAGGUGAAAGUGAUGGUGAUUUUUGCCCUGAACUUGGUCAUGUUUAGCAUAUGCUUCCUGCCUUUGUCCAUCACUGCAUUAACGAGGACUAAAGGGUCUGAACUCACACCCAUGAUAUGUCUCGCUACUGUGAACUGCUGCUUGGAUCCACUGUGUUAUUACUUUUCCCUUGAUGGCUUCUGGAAGAAAAGAGAGGAAGAUGACAUAAGAAGAGAUCAGAGGACAAAUGAAACUGAGUGAGAUUCAUGAUGCUUCACUUCACUUUUUAGUUGUGACUGAUUCUUUAUUGUUAGCAUGUGAUAUUUGGUGCCAAGUUUGUUUGGUCUGUGCUGCUUUCUGCCGUCCUGCUUUCUUUUUUUCUUCUUCUUAAACAGGACCCAAUCCUAGCCGUCCUUUAGUGAUAUGUUUGUGGUAGAAGGAUGUCACAUCAUGCUGUUGAACUCUUUAGAAUCUCAUAAAUUGAGAAAUAUCAAAGCAUAAAACAUAUCAGGAAACUGCAAGACAUGUAAAACACACAAAACUGUUUUUUAUCAUUUUGUGAUAAACAAAAUAAAGAGAUAACCUGACAGAACAAAACAUGUAAAUUUUUUAUCACAUGUAGACAACAUACAUAAUGACCAGGGGAAUAUGUGGUGCCACAACAAGUACUUGUGGAAAUGAUGGAAGAGAACACAAUGAAGAGGUAGUUGGCCCAGGUGAUGGUCACUCGGCUGAUAGU